AUGGCGACCGGUGCAUCGGCCACUCAAAGAAUUCCGUCAAAACGACAAACUCUUGAUGAAGCCUACGCUCCACCAGCCAACUUCCUUGAAAUUGAGGUCAUCAAUCCUAUUACCCAUGGUGUCGGAAAGAUGCGCUACACUGACUACGAGAUCAGAAUGAGAUCUAAUUUGCCGGUCUUCAAACAAAAGGAAUCGAGUGUUCGUCGACGAUACAGUGACUUUGAAUGGGUUCGAGCAGAACUGGAAAGGGACAGUAAAAUCGUCGUUCCUACCCUUCCCGGAAAAUCGUUCAAACGUCAACUUCCGUUCCGAUCAGACGACGGAAUUUUCGAAGAGGAGUUCAUUGAAAACCGUCGCAAAGCACUGGAGCUGUUCAUAAACAAAGUCGCCGGUCACCCAUUGGCUCAAAACGAGCGAUCGCUACACAUCUUCCUUCAAGAGACAACAAUUGACAAGAACUACGUUCCUGGAAAAAUUCGUACCGCGUAA